GCGUGGGGUGCAUCUUGAGAGAUAGUAGAAAUCGUAGGCUGAGAAUCCAGCGAAAGAGGGUGCAGGAUGAUGCCUAAUCAACAAACGGGCAUGCCUGUCGGUCAGGCACAUUUCGGGGCUUCCCAGAUGCCUGUUAAUCAAGGGCAGUUCGGUAUGUCUCAGCAACCAUUGAACGUAGGUGGGGGUGGUGCAACGCAGGGAACGGUUACCUGCUACAUAUGUGGAAAGACAGACCAUUAUUCACGUAAUUGUUGGCAGACUGCAGGGAGAUCGUCGCCGGCGGUCGAUCCAGAUACCUCGGAAAUGAAAGAGUUCUACAGAAGAGCCGUGCAGAAGGAGAAAGAGGAGAAUGAAAGGAAGAUAAGGGAGGAGAUGGAUAAAAGAAGGAUGGAGGAGCUGAGGAGGAGUGAAUCAGAGAAGAUCAGAGAGGCGGAGGCCAGGGAAGCGCGUCUGGAAUCUACCAUAGUCAGGCUGUUGUCGCAGCACAAUAGAGGCCAGCUAGCUUUACCGUCUGCUCCAAUGAAGAAAAAGUCCCCAAGAUCCAAGGCAAGGAUGCUACGGGAGAUUAGAAGCUACUUGGAUGAGUCUGAGGACGAUAGUGAAGAGGUAAACGAGGAGGCUGGGAAACUUAUUGACGCGAUCGAAAAACGGAAGAAGGCUGGGAAAAGGAAACGAGUAUAUCUUGAAGAGGUGCAGACAUCAAAGAAGUUUGCCAAGGCACAGCAAGAGAAAGGAGGGGAGUGUGAGGAAGAGGGUAUGACAACUCCAAGAAAGAAUCUUGCAACAACUUGUUUUAGUGAAGGGGUGGUGGAGUAUGCUCUUGAGGUUCACCGAAGGAUGUCGGCAAAGAAAGUGUCCGAACUACGGAAGAUAUGCGGGAAAGAAGGGAUCCCAUGUGCAAGAAAGGAGGAGAUGAUUUGUGAGUUGGUGCGAUGCAAGACAAAAUUGGCUUAUGAAGGCUUCUUCGAGAAGAAUCCUACGCCGAUAGGAGAAAAGUGAAGUUGGUUGGAGCAUCUGAAGUGAGCUUCCGGCAAUAUGGAGACCCUCGGCACGUG